CAGGUGCUCUCCAUAUUCAGUGAGCAGCCGAUGCUGCUGGAGCUCGAGGCACCCAUGAAGGUCGCCGGCGACAUCCACGGCCAGUACUUCGACCUGCUGCGGAUGCUCGAGUUCGGGGGCUCGCCGCAGGAGACAUGAACUAUUUGUUCUUGGGGGACUACGUAGACAGAGGGAAGAACUCUAUCCACUUUGCGUCGCUCUGCUGUUCGCGUACAAGGCGAAGUACCCGGAGAACUUCUUCGUGCUCCGCGGCAACCACGAGUGCGCCUCGAUCAACCGUUUGUACGGCUUCUUCGACGAGUGCAAGCGCCGUUUCGCCAACGGCUGCAAGUUGUGGAAAACAUUCGGGGACGACGUGUUCAAUGUCAUGCCAGUCUGCGCUGUCGUCAACGACCGCAUCAUCUGCAUGCACGGAGGAGACGACUCUCGCCCGAGCUGACAGACCUGGACCAGAUCCGGCAGCUGCCUCGCCCGAUCAGCGUGCCCGACUCGGGGGUCCUGUGCGACCUGCUGUGGGCGGACCCUUCGCAGGAGGUGGCCACCUGGGGCGACAACGACCGGGGCGUGUCCUUCACCUUCGGGGCGGAGGUCGUGAAGAACUUCUUGAAGAAGCACGACUUAGACCUCAUCGCCCGAGCGCACCAGG